AUGUCUCUCGUGGACGUCAAGUCGGUCAUCUCCGACGAAAAGGUGCAGCUGGUACUGUUCCUGCUCGUCGUUCUGGUACAUCUCUAUAACGAGAUCGGGCCAUGCCAGAGUCUUUUGCAUCCUUUGUGUGAUGGUUUCGCUUUUUUCCUUUCCAGCCUUACAACGAUAGUCCGCGACUAUCAAUCUGGGAAAUAUUACAAGCCAUGGAAGCCAGCAAACCCAAUUGUUAUCGUGUCCGCGAAGCAACAGAUUGCGGAGCUUAGCGAAGCACCAAACCUCUCUCAAAGAGCUGUGUAUGCCGAUAUGUUUGGCUUCAAGCACACCAUGAACAAGCUUCAGCACAAUACGAGCGACCAUAAAGUGGUGAGAACACGUUUGUACGGCCGACUUCUUCAGGUGAAUGGACCUGGGCAUCUUAACGCCCUGUAUCCGCACCUCGUCGCCCGGCUAGACAGCAGUCUGAGCCGCGAGCUUGCCGAGGCACGUGUGUUGCAAGAUGGCGUUUCUUUGCCGGUCGCGCAGACGGUCCGUCGACUUGCCUCGAGGCUCAUGAGUCUCAUGUUCUUUGGUGAAAGCUUGUCUUCCAAUGAGGCAUUCUCCAAAGCACUCCUGCGUUACCCUCAGGACAUGGUCAAGUGCAUGGGCGCGUUCCAAAUCACACCCGCAUUUAUGUCACCUGUUGUUCAUGCCCUUCUUACGAAGCGCGGCGAGGCAAUGAACUUGAUCCAGGGCCGAUUGUUUGAAUGCAUGGGCCCAGGCCGCUCAACUUGGGAUGAGCCAGACCAGACCAAAUAUCUCACCAUCAUGCACAACAUGACUGAACUGACCGAGUCAAGCGACUACUGGAACCCAGAGCUAUUGUCCCAGUCCCUUCUAGGAAUAUGGUUUGCCGCGGCUCAUCAGCCUUGGAUGAACCUGCAUUUCAUCAUGAUAGAGCUAUGCACACGACCUCAGUGGCAAGAAGCACUCCGUCAGGAAAUACAGCAACAUUCCACACUCGACUACAAGACUUUGGAGGGACUGCCUCUUUUGGACAGCUUCAUCAAGGAGACUGUGAGACUGAAACCGCUCGAUACACGGUACAAGACCUCGAUCUCGUCCUAUUUCUUCCUCAACUCGCGCCAAAGCCCGAAGUGCAUUGUCGCGCCGACCAAUGCAGCUGAAGUCUCCAAGAUCAUCAAGAAGCUGGGCGUGCGCGAGAACAAUCAGGUCGCGAUAAGAAGCGGUGGACAUACGCCGAACCGGGGGUUCGCGAAUACCGAUUCUGGCGUCACGCUGGAUCUACGAGGCCUCAACAAGAUCGCACUGCAAGGACCUAAUGACGAUGUCGUCUCAGUUGGCACAGGAGCCCUUUGGCGAGAGGUAUAUGCUACACUUGACCCUAUUAAUCGCACAGUUGUUGGAGCUCGCGUGGCCUCUGUAGGAGUAGGAGGCUUCCUCACGGGAGGCGGCCUAUCGUUCUUCUCUCCUAAAUACGGCUUCGGGUGCGACAAUGUCGUAAAUAUGGAGGUCGUACUCGCAAACGGCGCCAUCGUCAACGCCAACGCGACGUCUCAUCCCGACCUGUUUCGCGCUCUGAAAGGAGGUCAAGGCAACUUUGGAAUCGUCACCCGGUUCGAUCUCGUCACCCACGUACAAUCCGAGUACUGGGGCGGCGCAAUCCAAUACCCAGGUUCUGCCGACGCGGCGCAGCUGGCCGCGUUCGAGUCAUUCAAGGCGGCUCCCUACGACGGCUUUGCCGAAAUCGAGCAGACAUUUGUCUACUUUGGCGCCCUCAAGGCCUUUUCAAGCACCAACAACAUGUUCUACACAAAGUCGGUUGUCAAUGCCAGCGCGUUAAAAUUCUUCUCGGACGUACAACCGCAAACAGCGAAUACGAUGCGCAUCUCCAAUACGUCUGCUUUUGCAGAAGAGAUCGAGAAGUUCCAGCCCACGGAUCAAUUCGCUUCCUACUCUACAUUGAGCUUCCGUAUGGCUCCAGGCAUUCUGCCGCGAAUCUACAAGCAAUGGAAAGAUGCGACGACUUCCUUGAGCGCCAAGGUCCCGAAUGUGACGAGCGUCCUUACUUUCCAAGACAUCCCUCCGCCUCCAAGCGCAAAUGCUCCGAAAAAUUCCUUCCCGUUCGCGCCAGAUUCCACACCUCACAAGGACAAUGUCUUGGUCCUGUUCUCAUUCUACUGGUCUCACAAAGAGGAGUCAGCGCUUGUCGAAUCUACCAUCAAGAGCGUAACGGGCUCGGUCCAGGAACUAGUCGGGAACAAAGUCGGAUUCAAGUAUCUCAACUACGCAGCUGCCUGGCAGGACCCCAUCGGGAGCUAUGGAGAGGAGAUCAACAAAGCACUGGCUCGCGUUGCCAGGACUUACGAUCCAAACCGCUUCUUUCAAAGGGUUGUCAGCGGCGGCUUCAAGUUGAAAGUGUAA